AUGAAAGAUCUAAGCCUCAACGUUCCCACGCGCAAUGUGCUCACUGGGGCUGUGGUGAAUUGGGAGGAUGAUGAACUGGCUGGUCUUGGAGACACUCCUGAGAACCUGACACUCGCCUGGAAAGACCUCUGCGUGUACAGAAAGAAGAAAUAUCAAACCAGUAUAUGGAGAUCCGCGGUAUACGAAGAAAUUAAAGUUCUACAUGGAGUUAGCGGUGUGGUGUCAUCCGGCAACUUGGUUGCUCUGAUGGGUUCAAGCGGUGCUGGCAAGACAACGCUACUGGCGGCGAUAAGUCGACGAGAUAAAAGCGCUAUGUCUGGCUACCUGAUGCUGAACGGGAGAUUGGCGGGAGCUGAUCUCAUAGCGAGGAUAUCAGGCUUCCUACCUCAAGAAGAUCUAUCGAUAGAUGACCUUACUGUGUCUGAACAUAUGGAGUUUAUGGCUCGUCUCAUGAUGGACAAAAGAUCGACUAAAUCAAUCAGAUCAAGAAGGAUUGAACAGCUUCUUGGUGAACUUGGUGUUGCUAAUUGUACGAGGACGAAGCUCAAGGCUCUCUCUGGAGGGGAGAGAAAGCGUGUGGCCUUGGCCGUUCAGUUACUGAAUGAUCCUCCGAUUUUAUUCUGCGAUGAGCCCACAACUGGUCUCGACAGCUUCGCCGCCAAUGCUGUGGUCUCCCGUCUAAGACGAUUGGCUGCUGGUGGGAAACUUGUUAUAUGUUCCGUACACCAGCCAGCCUCUGGAGUUUUCGAACUCUUCCACCAGGUGGUGCUAUUAGCCAGUGGAAGAAUAGCCUUCCACGGAACCAUAGAACAGGCUGAUCAGUUUUUCGCUUCGAUGAACUACAAAUGUCCCGUGGGUUUUAACGCCGCGGAGUAUUACGUGACUUUGCUUGGUAUUGAAGCGGACAAAGAGUUGGAGAGUCGAGAAAGGAUAAGACGUAUUUGUAACGAGUACCAGCGGUCAAGUAUAGCGGAGGCCAUCGAGAACAGAGUUGGGGACGUCAAAGAUGAAAUGGAAUACUUCAAUGGGACCGGAGAUGAAAAGAAUAUACAUUUCGAGCGAUAUCUAACAUUAGUCAAAGUAAACUAUUUCGUACAAUUCUAUUGGCUGCUGUGGAGAAAUAUUCAAACGAUAAAACACAAUAAAACCAUAUGGAUAGCUGAAUUUUUACUAUUUCUGUUCGUAGGUCUUAUAAUAUCGAUCCCGUACGCCGGUCACUUCUCUGAACUGGACCAACGAGAUAUUCAAAACGCUGAGGGUCUAUUAUAUCUGGUCAUCACGGAGACGACCUUCCUCUUCAUCUAUGCUGUCUUCAUAACAUUCCCUAGCGAAGUACCGAUUUUACUGCGAGAGACAGCAAGCGGCCUAUAUUCACCACUGCCUUACUAUUUAUCGAAAAUGAUAUUUUGGAUCCCCCGGGCCGUCAUAGAGCCGAUUCUGUUCGCGACUCUGGUUUUCACUGUAGCCGGUCUUCAGGGAGGAUUCUACAACUGGCUGGGAAUCAGUUUUAUAUGCGUCCUAUGUGCAAACUACGCUAAUGCUUACGGUUCCUUUUUGUCGUCUGUUUUCGACAAGAUGGAAACCGCUGCGCUGGUGUCUGUUCCUUUUGAGUUAGUUGGGACUAUGUUCUCUGGUAUUUAUUUGAAUCUUGGAAGCGCCUCUCCUUAUAUAUCCUGGUUGAGAUACAUAUCUGCUUUCUAUUACGGCGUGGAAGCUAUAUCUAUCGUUCAAUGGGACUCAAUAGAGUCUAUAAACUGCGUUAAUAUCAAGGGAAUGCCCUGCAUCAAGACCGGCCCGGACGUAUUGAGGCGUUACGGCUUUUCUGAAGAUCAUUUCUGGAGGAACUGCAUCUGUCUGACGUCAAUGUACUUUAUAGCACAUUUCAUAUCAUUCCUGAUGGUUGUCAAGCGGAGUAGAGGAACUCCAGUCUAUUGA